AUGGUGGAUGACAUCUCGGCCCUGGGCCUGAGGCACGUCGGCUACGCUAUUCCGACAGAUCUCGCGUUCCGCUGGUCGCUGAGCCUCAUCUCGCAGAUGCUCGUCGGGACCAUCAAGGAGGGCUCGACCGUCGUCAUGCAGGCCAUCAACUCGAACUCUCAGAAGAUGGUGAAGGCCGCCCUGCGGGAGGCGCCUCGCGGCCAGCGGGCCAGGUGGGUGCUCCGCAUCCAGGUGGGCUCGCAGAGCAUCUCGCCCCUUCGGUGGGCCCUCGAGAGCGGCAGCCACGUGGCAGCCCAGGCGAUCAUAGAGGACCUCCUGACGAUCCGGGCAGACCGGGACAAGUACUACUACGGGGUCGAAGACAUCUUCGAGCACCACCCGGACAUAGUCGAUGUGCUGAUCGAGCACGCCCCAAACCUCAUCACGGUCUUCUUCGACGGCCUGGUCUGGCGUUCGCGCUUCUCCGAGGGCGGGCUGCGGCGGGCAAACUUCUACAUCAAGCACCUAUUGGUGAGCGAGAGUGGGGGGGUGUCCGACGCCCUCGAUCACCUAGUGCGCUCCCACGACCCGGUUCUCAUAUCGCACCCGGUCAUCAUUUUGGUGUCCGACAUUUUGUGGAGGGGCAUCGUGCAGCGGGCUUUCAUCGUGUCGAAGGUAUGGUUCGUGCUGAGCUUGCUGAACUUUAUGCUCGGUGUCGUAGUCUUGCCCAAGACGAGUGUUGCUGAGGACCUGCCAAUACGCUGGGUCAUGUUCUGUUCCCGGAUGUUGACGUACACAUGCACGAUGGGGCGGUUGAUGCUUGAACAUUUGACAGAUUGCAUCGCUGGCUAUCGCCGCCAAGAUGGCACAUUCAAGGUCAUGUGCAUACCAUUUCCCAGGUACCUGCAGGACGCCUACAAGCAGUCAUCGUUGAUGCUUGGGUUGCUGCUGGUGUGCAUGUGCUGCAACGAACCGAUGCUUCACUGCGUGGAGCACAUCUCCGACGGCGGGCCGACGGAAGCUUGCGCCACUGAUGAAAUCGUGCACCGUUACUCCGUCUUCUGCAUGUUCGCGUGCACGUUCCAUUGGGCUCUGCUUGCAGACUUCGCCGUGUUCAGCACAGGCUUAUCUGCAUUCAGGCUUGUGAUCUUGGAGGUGAUGUCUGAAAUCGGACGCUUCAUCUUGGUCAUGUUCUUUAUCCUCUUGACCGCCGCCAGUGCCAUCGUCGUAUUGGAGCACAGCUACGAGGCCUUUGACGGUGUACCUAUGACGAUGGUGGGACUAUUUGCCAUCACUUUGAGGCUGUACGAGGACGACUACCGUGACAUUGAAGAAGCGGUGCUUAUCGCCUUCCUCUUCACAUUCAUGACCUGCUCCGCGGUGAUACUGCUGAACCUGCUGAUCGCCCAGCUCAACCAGUCAUACAAUUUGAUCAACGACAAUGCCGUCGGCUAUGCGCGCCUGAAGCGAGCCGAGGUCAUUGUCGACACUCUGAAGACCCUGCCCCCCGCAAAGUGGGCGGCCUUCGUGGAGUCCCUGAAGCUCGAGGAGCCCCUGGAGUUCGUCCAGGGGGACGUAGGGAUGGGCGGCGGCGUUCAGCGAUACGAGCCAGCAACGGAGAACGUGGUGUCCUUAGACACCGUCCUGAGAUACGGCGGGGCUCGCUCUGUGGAUGCACCCUGGCCGGAGGAGAAGGAGGAGGACGACAAGAAGGAGGAUUCGUACGAGCGCAUCGAGCGCCUGGCCAUGAUGACGCUCCGGCGGCUGCAGAAGGCCGAAAAACGAGGCGGGCGCCAUCGGAGGAGCUCCGCGGACGGGCGCAGCGGGGGCGACUCGGGCGGCUCCGUGAACAGCUGGAGCUCCAAGAGCAGGAGCGGGGACGACACCGGCAGCUCCGAGCCCUGA